AUGAACUUGGAGACGCACACUUUCAAUUUGAGUCCGACCAAGAACGAGUUCAAGUGUCCGUCCGAGAACAUUACUUCCUGUGAGCUCGUCUACUUGUUCGGGAGGUGCCAGAAGAAGGGAACACUGGAUGAAGCGAUUCGAGUUCCGGAGCGUCAGGAUCACUUUUGGGGCCACGGCAAUAUGAGUCAAUCGAGGCCGGACAGGAACAGCACCGGGGCAGGUGCGCAAAGGACGCCGGGAUCGAGAGGCAAUACUCAUUCGAAUCCUGAGAGUGCUCGGAGAUGCCAACAAGUGGAAGAAGCUCACGACGUUAGCCAAAAUCUAGCUUGGAAUCCUCCGGUCCAUGACGCUCCCGAAGUCCCCGCUCCCGCGGAUGACAAUUGGCUGAUGCCGGAGAAUUUCGAAGACCGAUUCUUCACUGCGGUGGAACUGAUUGGUGAUCGAGAGCAAUACACACCGGACGAGUAUGUCAGAGAGUGGCUCAGCGAUCGGCAGGGCAUAACCAACUUCGUCGUGGAGCCGGUCUUGUGGCACAUCCACCGUCUGCAUCCUCCGGGAUUCAUUCUGAGCACCCCCGAAUUCCCCGAAGAGAAAACUCUAAUGCAUCUUUUACGAACAUUUCGUCAUCCCUACUUGGCAUAUCGAAAACAAACCAUUUGCGUCUUCGUUGAAAGCCCCCAGAUCGAAACGCUCGUUGAAAAACUCAGAGCGAAGAAAAUUCCAGUCGUCGUCCUCACGGAGGACACCCGACAAGAGGUGCAGGGAUCGAAUUCGGUUUUCCUCGCGACUCAUGCUCGGAACGUCGGGAACCUCCCCGUUGAUAACGUCGUCAAUUACAAGAUGUUCCGCACCGCGAGUCAGUACGUGGAUCGACUGCGACUGCUGCGACGCAGAGGACACAUGACGACCUUUUUCAAUCCUGCUGAAGACUCGAGAUUCGUUCCGGCUCUCGUGCAAGAAAUGAGAGAACAGAAAAUUGAAGUACCUGCCUUCCUCAAGGAUAGGCUCGCACUCGCCGCACCUGGGGCCUGUUCCGCACCGCAAGAGUAAAAAAUCAAUCUCUGAUCGCGAAGAUCUCCCUUCGGGAGCAGCAUAAAUACAUGAAAACUGUCGCGGAGCGCAGCUAUCGGGAUCAGAAUCUGGGGCGACGUCUCACGAUCUAUGAUUGGGAAAAUGGUCUGGACGAUCCCGGUGUGGCAACCUUACCACCGGUCGACAGGAGGACAGUGA